UUCUUCUUCAUUUGUAGACACAUAUAUAAAUAAAUUAGAAAUAUGCAUAAAACAUAAAAUUUUAUAUGUAACAAAAUGCGUGAAGAAGAUAUUGAGAUUUCUAUUAAAGUUGUCGUGGUUGGAAAUGGAGCUGUUGGAAAGUCAAGUAUGAUACAAAGGUAUUGCAAAGGUGUAUUUACGAAAGAAUAUAAAAAGACAAUCGGUGUUGAUUUUCUUGAAAAGACUGUCAGUAUAAAUGGAGAGGAUGUGCGACUGAUGUUAUGGGACACAGCUGGUCAAGAAGAAUUUGAUGCUAUCACGAAAGCAUACUACAGAGGUGCUCAAGCUUGUGUGCUUGCAUUUUCUACUGUCGACUACGCAUCUUACGCAGCUGUUGCUCGCUGGAAAGAAAAGGUCCUUGCAGAAUGUGGCAGCAUUCCCAUGGUUCUUGUGCAAAAUAAAAUUGACUUGAUAGAUGAUGCUGCUGUUAAACCGGAAGACGCCGAAGCCCUUGCAAAAAAACUGGCGGUCAGGUUAUAUCGAACGUCCGUGAAAGAAGAUUUAAAUGUUUCCAAUGUGUUUGAUUAUCUGGCUCAAAGAUAUAUCAAAGAUAUGAAUAGUGAUGAGACUGAAGAAAAAACACAAAUAGCAUCGCCUGUGAGAAAUGGCAGUCGUAAACCUGGUAAAGGACAUAACAAUAAUAAAAUAGACAUUCACCAGAAGGACCACAAAAAGAAGAAAUUUUGUUUCAGCGUUUAAAAGGAGUACUGGAACAAAGGUGGAGAGUUUUCAUGAGGUGGUUCCUUUUUUUGCUCCAACCAUAUUAUAAACGAACGCUCCUCCACGCUGGACGAAAUAAAAAUACAAUCAUCGUUUUAAGGAGAUUUUUAUGAGUAAAUCGGAAAGAAUAAAAAUAUAUUUUUGAAUAAUGAUGUUUACUAAGAUUUUAUAGUUUUUGUAUUUUUCACUUCGAAUGCUGGUUAUGUUGUUUCUGCUUGGAGAAAAGUGAUGAGAGCUUUUUCGAAUGUCUACGGAAAUUUGAGCGUGGUAGCAUAAAAAGUUUUCUUCUAUAGUGUUCUCAGAGGGUAUUGAUAGAACAUUUAUUUUAUUCAUAUACUAUUUUUUGUAUAUUUUUAUGGUGUUGUGCUAGCUAAAACUUUCUCGAUAUUUCGCAUUUUUUAUUUAUUUAUUAAAAUAUUUUUGAUAAUUAAAAUAAUUGGCUAAGUUAGCAAAAAAUUUUCCUGAAGAUUUUUGAAAGAUGUACUAAAUUGACAUGUAUAUAAUUGAUGCCGACUUUUCUGUCCAAAAAAAAGUUUUAAACUGUCAUUUCUUUUGUGUCUGACGGAAACACGUCAUCUAUCUUACAAUCUAAAAGCUACUUACCAUCUUCUAAAUGAAAUCGUCAUGCUGAAUGACUUCCGCAUUUUGAUCGUGACAGGGAGAUAUAAUUACAGCUAAUUUUUGUUUGUAGAUGUUUUAAAAUAUAUUUUUAUUGUAAAUUACCUAUUCUUGAAAUAAAAGGGAACACAAA